AUGUUGCCUACCAACGAUCCUCAUUAUAUCCGAUACUUGAAGGAACAAGAAGAACAAAAGAAACAAAAUGAUCAACAACAACAACAAGAACAACCAAACAGCAUCAAUUCUUCUUCGUCAUCACCAUCGGAACCACGUGUUCCUCCUGUAAAUAAUAAUUCUAAAAAUUCAACUCGUUUCAACAAGCCUUCUCAACACAAGGCUUCUCCUCAUCACUCUCCAAAUCAGCAUCAUGACAAUGAAGAUGAUUUUUCUUUUCUACCAAAAACCAAUCAUCGUGAUAAACAACAAUUGGUUCGGUCUAGAGAAGCUCUUGAUGGAUCCGAUGUUGUUGAUGAGAACAAUAAUAAUAACAGCAAUAAGAGCACUACAUUUAAUGAACAAGUUACAUAUCCUUCAUUGGUUGAAACUCAUCAUGAAUCAUCACGAAUAGAGGCAAAGAACACACAACAUGACGAUGCUCCUAGGCCAUCUGAAAAGGACCAGCAGAUCCCGUCCUCAUCUAGACGUUCAAAGAAACGCAAAAUGAAUGAUCGGGGAUCAUCAAAAACAACAUCCUCACAAGUUGCUUCUUCAACAACAUCCUCGUUGUCAACAACCAUUGAAGAGAAUAUUCAACAAGAGGAGGUGGUGAUUGAAGAAGAAGGUAAUGAUGGCACUACGGACCUAUCCACCACUCAAAUGGUUCUGUAUUUUCAUGUGUUCAUUCCGAUCGUCUAUUUUGAAGAUGACGACAACCAAACGAAUUUAGUCCCAAAAAUUGAUAUUCACUACAAAAGUCCCUCUCUUUCGACAUCUCUCUUCUCCAAGAUCAGUAAGAAGGGGAACAUGAUUCACAAAUUCACCUUGUUGAGAAAAUCUUCUUUCCAUCAAGAAAUUUGGAUUGGAUCUGCUGUACUUCCGAAAAACUUAAGUUUUUUGCAAUUCAAGGUGUUGAUUUCUGGCCCUCGAGGUAUUGUGAACAGUGACAAGGCUGUUAGCGACGUGACAUUUAUGAGCAAUCUUAAGAAGCCAUUUUCUCAAAUAUUCUGCCAAUUUAAACCCCAACACGAAAAAAGUGUUGGCUUGUUAAAGUCAGCCAUUCAAACAAUUACACAAUCCAAGCGUUCAGUGCUAUUUUCGUUUGUGGAAGAAUUAUUUGAAAGUGUAUUAUCCGAAAUUAACGAUAUACCACUAGCACGAAAAAAGUCAUUAAGCGCCAGGAAUUACAAUCAAUCAAAUGAUAAUGACGAAUUGAUUAGACAACAUAUUCAAGCACAGCAGCAAAAGCUUGUGUUGUUUUAUCAAAGAUUAGACGGUCUUUUCCAAAGUUUGGAGCAAAUUUUGACAACCAAUGGAAAAGCUGCCUUCCAAGUGUCCGAAAGAUUUGUUGCCAAAAGAAACUAUUUUCGAGACUCUACAGUGACUGAAUUGAAAAGUUUCUUACUCGAUCGAGUUGAAACUUUUGGAGAAAAUACAACCAACCUUGAAUGCAGAGCAAUAAUGAUCGUUUGUAUUUUUGACAGAAUAGUUUCCCUCACCUCUUCGACAGAUUUAGACAACUUUCUUGAUGUUGUGUAUUUAUUGCGGCAUUUUGAUGUUUAUAGCAUUUCAACCAUUUACAAUCACAUUCUUUCAAAGUUGAGCGAACAAAGCAACACUACCCCUUCAAAGUCAAUGAAUGACGUGAGCCAUUUGGAUAAUAUUAAGACAUCAUUCAAGUCAGGUAUUCAGCAAUUGAUAAGAUUAUUUAUGAAGCAUCCAGAGAAGAAAAACUUUUCUUUUUGGGUUCUACUCUCUCCCUUCAUUCACAGUGAAUUUGGCAAUUCUUUCCAUGGAAACUACAACCAACUUGACACAUUGAUCAUGUACGCUGAUAAAAGAAGGUUCAAUGAUGAAAUGAAAGAACUGUUUGCCAUGGUCGAGCACAAAAGCUCUAGCGUCAGUCAACACAUGAUGCAUGUAACAUCAAGCCAAAUUUCUGUCAUUGUUUCAACCUUGUUUCGAUUAGCUAGUUCCUCCUUUGAUCAUAUACAGGUUGUUUUACAAUUUGGUAGAUGUUUGAAAUGUGACAACGAGCAUGCUAUCAGCAAUGUAUUAUUGAAAGAAUUUACUACUUUUGUGAAAAAUCACACAGAGUGGAUAGAUGACACAAAAGAAAAGCUUGACAUAUUGAAGAGUAUUAUUUGUAGUGAGAAAUCUUUUUCGAGAUCCUUCUCUUUGUUGGAGGUAUUACUUUCAUCCAUAGGUAACAUUGAAACCAUGGAUCACAUUCAUGCACAUGAAAUUUUAGAUGUUGUCUUUAUCUUUUUUGACGACGAUGUGUUUGUUAGCAAUUGUGAAGAACGCGACAAGGAGAAAAUUUCCAAACUACUCAAAGAAGUAUUCAAGCAGAUUUUCCGCAACAAAACGAGCUCUACAUUUUUCGGAAGGAAGUCGUUCAAGUUGACAGACAUUCUUGACUUUUAUGUAGGAAUGUCGUCUCGUCUUUCCAAAUCUAUUCUAAGACCAGAAGAUUAUCAAAUGUGCGUGCUUGAGUCAUUCAAGGGGAAUUAUUACUUUUCUGCAAUGACAAAUCAAGAUUUGUUAAAAGGAUUUUUGGAUUUUGAGGCCAAAACAUCAAUGCAAGAAGUUUCACUCUUUUUCAAAGUGCUGGAGGACGUGACAUUUGAUAUCUGCAAGAAAAUGGGAUAUUCAUCCAAAGUAUUGAACUCAUUGUUGAACUUACUUGAAAAACAUAUCGACUCUUUGGAAAGAGCAAUCACCAAAAGACAUAUGGUUGCUGAUACUAUUCUCAAUCACAUCACGAAUCACAUAUACACAGAAGAAAAUAUGUCAUUACUGUUGAACAAUUCUGAGUUGUGGUGUAGAUGUUUUUCAUUAUGCAACUCGAGCUUUACCACAGAAACGGUAACAAAAGCAGCUCAAUUACUUGACAAUUGGGGUAAUGCAAUACUUGGCCAUACGGCCACCAUUGAUAUGCUGAAAGAGCUUUUUGAGGGAAACAACAAGGAGAGGUUUGUUCAAUUAGCAUUGUCAACAAGUAAGGAUGUAUUGAGUUUAACGACGUUGGUUGAAUUAGAAGAGGAAGUGGCUCAAUUUACAUCCUUACAAAGGAAAACACAUGAUUUUUGUAAUCAUUAUUGUCAAAACGAGCAUGUUGACAGCUCUUCUCUGCGAGAUAUUUUAACACGCCUGGACUCUGCAAUUGAGAAACGAGUUCCAUUUGAUGCAAUUAAAUCAUUACUGAACGAUCAACCUUUCCUGAAAGAAUUGAAUGAGCUGCAAUAUCUAUCCAAGUCAGAACUGUUUUUACAGACAUGGAACCAAACCAUCGAUGAGGUGGCACAAAAAGAGGCUCAAAUCACCAACAUGAACACUGACGGUUCUACUCCAACAGUCAGUUUUUCUGUAAAAGAUCUGAAAAAUAAGGUGUUUACAUUGGUAACAAACAAGUGGAUCAAGUUGUACAACGAUUUAAAUUCGAAAACUAUUUCAUUCCAAGAAUUGGAACACCAAUUUGCAAAUUUUGAAAGUGAAGAAGACGUUAGUAGCGAGAUAAGGUUCCUGAAAACUACUUGCAAAGUUGAUGAUGAUGCUGAAAACAAUGCUACUUCUCUUAAAUUAGUGGCAGAGACCAGAGAGUCAAAAGAGUGGUGUGAUUAUCAUACAAAGAUCGUGCAUAGCUUCAUUUUCAUUUCAAGGCAAAAAACAUAUGUUCCUUUAGUGAUUCAGGUCUUGCAGAAAUUUGGCAAUGUUUUCCGUUCAUCUAUUGUUGAAGACAAGUAUUUCAUUGGGUUGACAGCGCUCCACUACAAGUUUUUUGUUGAAAAAUGGGAGAAUGGAACUCUUUUCGAUGUUGCUGACAUUGUUAAUGCUGCCAAACAAGCCCUAAAACAUUUGAGCCGGUACGAGUUAGAUCUUGUGCAAGUAUUGGCCCAAUCUGAUGAUCUUCUUGAAUGGUUAUGGCAACAUCACAACACUGGGCAAUUCAAUGAGCUAAUACGAGUUUGCAGAGAAGUGACUACUGAUGAUGCUAUUACUCUCCAAUCAUUUGCAUCUCUAAUAAGCUGCCGUGAAUAUUUGUACGAUAUUGUAUAUCCUGAAACCAAAUUUAGCUCAUGUGAAGGGUUCUUACAGACCAUGAAGUCGCUAAACUAUAACAAAGAUUCAAAAGAAAUCGAAAGAAGGAUUCAAGAUGUAUCGUUCAUUCGAAAAAAUUUAGAAUCUGUGAAACAAAUAUUUAGAGACAAGACAAGAAGCCCUUCUGUCAACUCUCUUCUCAAACUACUUGAAAUAAUGGAGUCAGCCGCUUUCAAAAUCUCAACCAAAUCAAGUAUCUUAUCCCUUAAUGCACAUCAAAACGAGUACACAUUUGAGGACAUGAUUAUAUACAAACUUCCAAGCUCUUCAAAGGACAAAACGUUUACCAUGUCUGAUUUGUUGGACAUUCGUACAACGGUACUGAAUACAUCUGUGCCUCGAGAGCUAAAAGAAAAACAUCAAAACUUAGAUUUUGAAAUGAAUCGUUUUAUUGAGCUAAUUAACAUACUAUUGAGCAUCAAAGAGUCAGUGAUUGAAUUGAUAAAGAAUGGAAAUAUAUUAAUAGACCAGUAUGAAUAUGAGUUCAAUUUUAACCAAAUCAGUUGUGUAGAUAACGAAAUGGGUAAGCUGAGAAAUGAAGCAACAAGAUUAGAAGCUCUUAAUGCCUCAUGGAAGAAAGAUAUCAAAAACAUUAGACAGAAAUACUCAUAUCUGAAUUACUUUAACAUGCGAGAGCUUAGGGAAAUAUUAAAGUGGCUUGAAUGCAACAACAGUGCCAAUCUACACUCCAUGUGCAAAACUAUUAGAAGAGAAUUUACUGAUAAGCAUUUAGAAUUGUUGCUUUCGGAAUGGCAUAACAAGAAUAACUUUGUAGUUGUAGAUGAUGAUUUAUCUUAUACUGUAUUAGAGAGUCUUGGAAACUUGCUCUCCGCCUUAUUUGGUGACACUGAAGAUAUUAUUUUACAAAAAGACAGAAGUAUUUCAUUUUCCGCCAAAAAAGAUAUUGCUCUAUCGCUAACUCAAUCCAAUCAAGACAUUGAAAAUUUGUUUGUUAUUUCAUGCCAAAAUGAGCAAGAUGUAGAGUCGGUUGUACUCUCUUUGUAUGCAGUGCAAUCUAGACUACCAGAAAUGUACGAAAUAUUAAUGUGUAAUAGUAGAACUAAGGUGGAAGAUAUUUUAUUAUUAUUCACACGUUGGUCACAAACAAGAUCGCAAUCGUUGACCAGUAGGAGAAUAUUUACUUUGGCGAAUGUUCAUUUGCUGUCGUAUACAACACAAUGCCAAGUAGUUGACAAGUUGAAAUUAUAUCUUCACAAUUCUGACAUCAAGCUGGCUCCUCCUUUAGUCAUAGUUUCCGGCAACGCUCAUCAGCGAAUUGUCAAUGCUUUUUCUAAUUUCAGGUUUGAUGGUGCUGCAAUCACUCUUACCAUCGAAGAAAUGGUUGAGGUUUACUCACAAAUUUGCAAUACCUAUUCAUGUGGUACGAAAGUUUACACUUCCAAGCACUCGGGAGCCGGUAAAACUCAUUCAAUUUUCAAAUAUGCAUGUGAGAAUCAGUUGGAGCUAGUUUCUAUUUCUUUGCGCGAAAGUGUUGACAUCUCGAGCUUAAUUUCUCAGCUCAAUGAGAAAACUAAUAGAACUCAUCCUGUUGCUCUCUAUUUCAACAUUUCUUCACAUGUGGAUAGUAUUGUAAAUGCUAUUCUUUUCCAGCUUAUAGUGGUGGGGUCUAUUUCUGAUUACAAUGGACAGGUGUAUCAUAGACGAGAAGUUGAUAGCAUUCUGAUUGAGAUUCCGAAUGCACCUCAAAAUAUUACACUUGAAAAAUUUGUGCCCUUGUGCAAUUUCUUACCAAAACAAGUUUGUGAAGUGACAGCCGAAACACUUCUCAUAGAGAAGAGGUUUGAAAUGGAUGAUUUUGGUAGGGUAACAUCAGCUAUCAAUAGCAAGCUUCUGUUUGUUUGUGCAAUAUUGAAAGCUUUCGAAAAAGGUACCUUCUCUAAUCCGGAGCUGUUUGCACAGUUUGUUCCUGACGACUACUUGGAACCACAAGAGUGCUUUGACAUUCUAAUGAGAUAUUGUAACACCACUGGACAAACAUCAUUUUCUUUAAUUUCGAAUUUUGUUGACUUCACUUAUGAAUUUUUCCAAUCUAUCAUGAAAUACGAGCUACUUCGUGUACUUCCAAGCCUAGAGCCCUUAACUGCAAGAAUUCCUCACUCUCUCAUUGCUCUUGCAUUAGAAAUGACAAAAGAUUUCGCUAUGAGACAGCUGGUUCUUAAUUUUAAUACGGCCAAUCCUUCGCUAGAGGAAUAUGCCAAACGAUUUUCAAGCAUUCGAAAAUGGGAACAGUCGACUCAUCCCGUACUAAUAUUCACCCAAGAUGAUUUUACUGUUGCAGGAUUCAAUGUUAUUGCUCUUAAGCAAGAAUCCGUUAAAAAGUUCUUUAGUGAUCAAGAAAUACACAUUCUACAUGAGCAAAAAUUAGAUAUUAAUUUUGAUUUUAACACAAGCCUCACUCAAAAAGGACAAAUAGACACGGAAAUUGAAGGUCUAAAAUUUUUGACUAUGGUAAAUGGAAGUUAUCAAUACGAAAUGGCGGAUUACUAUGAUUAUUCUCUGAGAGAAAAGAUUUCAAAUAGCGAUUACGUACUUACUCAAGACAAUUUGAUGAAAAUGUUUGCAAUAAUUUUGAGAUUUAAAUGUAAUUUACCGGUGAUUAUUCUUGGUGAAACCGGUUGUGGAAAGAGUUUUCUUAUGGCCUAUCUUUCCAAAAUCUUAGAAAUGGAUCUUAGGAGAAUUACUCUGCAUGGCGGCCAUUCUGAAAAGGAUAUUAUUGAUUUCAUUUAUCCAAUUAUUGAAGAAGCUAAUAGCCAUGCAAUGGCAAACUAUAUUGUUUUUUUUGACGAAUCUAAUACAUGUGCACAUACUGGUAUUCUCAAAGAGAUUGUGUGUGACCGCGUAUUGAAUGGCCUUCCCAUUCCUAAAAACAUUAAGAUUGUUUGCGCUCUAAACCCAUAUCGGCUGAAGAACGAGAAUACUAAAAAGAUUGAGGCAGUGAUCCAGUCCCAAAGUGGUAUAUUAUACAAGCACCCAUCAUUCAAGAAUAUUCCAGAUCCUCUCGAGAAUCUGGUGUACCGAGUUCAUCCUCUUCCAGACAGUUUUAUUGACCACGUGUAUGACUUUGGAUCAUUGUCCAUAGAAACAGAACGAAUCUACAUUCGUAGCAUGCUGCAAAAGGGACUUCGAGCCUAUGUAAUUCAUACUCAACACAAUCCGACUUUAGAAAUAUUUGUUGACUUAAUAUGCACUUCACAACAGUUCGUUAGAGAGGCCAUGCACGAAGUUAGCGUGGUGAGUUUGAGAGACGUCAAGAGAUCAGUACAAGUUUUCUCUUGGCUGUUUGAAGAGCACAAAAAAGCCAGCGACUCUGUGUUUUGGGAUAUUCUCAAGCUUGAAACUCAAUUGGUUGAGUUCAGUAUUCACAAUAUUAACUUUUUGAAAUGUCUUGUUUUAUCGUUGGCCUUUACGUUUUACAGUCGGCUCAACAGAGAUCAACGGCAAUCAUAUUUACGAAAGAUUUGUGAAGUUGGCAGAAUUGUAAUUUCUUCAUUCACUAGCCAAUUCUUUGUUGAAACGGUGACCAAGUAUCAAAACGAGCUAACAACACAACUCAACCCAGGAGAAGGCAUUUCUUUGAACGAGGCGUUAACAGAAAACUGCUUUAUGCUCUUCUUGGCUCUUCUAAACCACAUUCCUAUUAUACUUGUGGGCUUUGCUGGUUCCUCAAAAUCUCUUGCUGUUGAUCUAAUUUCCAAGGCAAUGAGAGGAAAGGCAUCAACCAACAAAAGGUUGCAUCAUUUACCAGAUAUUAAUAUUUUUGCGUAUCAAUGUUCUCCGUUAUCCACGGCAAGAGGUAUUGCACAAACUUUCAGAUCAGCUAGACGUUAUGCUGAAGAAAGUUCAGGAAGCUCUUCUCUUUCUGUUGUACUGCUUGAUGAAAUUAGCUUGGCUGACUCGCCAAAUUUACCCCUAAAAAUCUUGCAUCACGAAUUGGAAAAUUUGGAGAAGAUUAGUUUUAUUGCAAUUAGUAACUACAGUUUGGACAGCUCCAAGAUGAACAGAAUGAGCAUUCUCUACAGAUCAAUACCUACAUCAAAAGAUUUAAAGAAUACUGCUAAAGGAAUCAUUGGUGUUAAAAAAUUGCAGUUGAAUAACUACUUGGAGGCAAUUGCCCAAAGUUAUUUGGAGCUAUUUAAUACUCAAAAAAUCAAACUAUUUUUUGGAUUGCGUGAUUUCUAUCAAUGCAUCAAGUUCUUGAACAGAGUGGUCAAUGAUAAAAUGGUGUAUGAUGGAAAAGAGGUGAGCUUUGACCAAGCGUUACUAUUGGCAAUUUUACGUAAUUUUGGAGGAGUUCCAAAAGAUCAAGUACAUGCAAUUCUUAAAAUAUUUGAGACGAAAACUGGUAGUAGUUUGACUUCAAGUCAAAUGCCAAGGCCAACCAAUAAGGAACUCAUUCAAAUGAACUUGAAAGACAGUACCAUGGCUAGACAUUUAAUGUUGCUAACUCAUAACAAUGCAGCCUUGAACCUGUUAUUCGAUUACAAUAUACUUUCGCUGUCGGAGACUCUAGUACUGUUCGGAAGUGAUUUUCCUCUCGAGAAUAAUGACAAUUUCGCCCUAUCUCUUCAAUUGCAAAAGAUCAAGCUGGCAAUGUCCGAUGGAAGAACUGUAGUACUUGUACAUUUAGUUGAGCAGAAAAAGUUUGCAAGACUCGCAUUUGGAAAUGAGUCGGUCACAUGUGCCGUGCAUGACAACUUUAGAAUUGUAGUCAUUGCGGAGGCUAGUGACGCAUACUCCAAGCUAGCAGCACCUUUUCUUAAUAGAUUAGAAAAGCACUCCUUCAAUCGCAUUGAUUUCAUGACUGAAGAAAAUAGCAUUUCCUUGUCCAUGCUCGAAACCUUUGUUUCAAAUUUGGUUGACGACGGUCUUCAGAACCUUCCUAAAAUUUUCGUUGGGUGUCAUGAUGAAUCCCUUAAAAGUUUGGUUCAAGCUUUGUACUCCACUGAAAUAGAUAAUAUGGUUGAUGAGGGUACUUCGUAUGUUUACACCAAUGCUAUUGAAAAAUUACUGUGGGUUGCUUCACCUGAACAUAUUGUCAAGUCUGGUAAUCGAGAAAUUAUUGAAACAUAUUUCAUGAAACAAGAUCAUAGUUCGUUUCCCUCAUUAUUGAACAAGGUAUUUGCUCAUCCUGAAGAAUGGUCAUACACAACAUCGAAUGGAAUCCAAGCUGUUGUGAUGACAUACUCUCCUUUAGAUAUUAAUAUUGAAACCACGGUUAAAAGUGACGUUACUGUGGUCAAGAAUGAAGAAAUGAAGGUCCAGUUCAUUCAACUUCACGAACUGAAAACAUCAGCAGACCUUAAUUCCGAACUAGACCACUUUUUCAAUUCUGACCACGACCAAUCCUUGCUCAUCAUUUUAGCAGAUCCAAAUGCUUCCUCUGUUCGCAGAAUUCGUUACGCUCAAUACACUUGCGAAAACAAGAGAGAACUUUUCAUCAAAAACAAUCCAUCCAAGAUACGUAAUGUGGUCAUUGUGGUGAACUUAAUUAGAGGGCUUUCGUUCCAAGAAUCGAGAUUCACGUUCGAUUUUGACAAACGAUGGAAUUACAUAUUCAUAGACGACAUUUCUUCGAACACAAAAGCCGCCUUCCCAGAUAUGUUCACAUUAGUGAGCAAACCUUUGAGCAAGAUAUUAUCUGAACUCCCCAUCAUGGAUUUAACAUUGGCCAAUUUACACAACUCUCUUUCAAGAAUUGUUUAUCCGUAUCCAAGAACUCCUGACUCUAUUCAAAAACAAAUUAUUACGAUUAGGAAUUUGUUGUCGAGCUCUCAACACAGAUUUUAUCAAGCUGUUCAAGAAAAGAUGCUGGAUGUUCUUAAAAUUACCACAAAAAACGACGAUAAAUGGUAUUUGGAGGUAAUGGAAGAUGAGAAGCUAUUGCAAAUAUGUGGUACUUUAAACUCUGCACUACAGUAUUUCAUAUCUAAAAAAUUGUUCAUUACGUUUGCUGCCGUGUUGAGUGUAACCGACCGUUUCAACAACUUUUCGCUCCUGAACGACAAUGAUGUUCGAGAUUUUUGGCUAGAAAUGUUUCAACAAAACGUACAACCAAAAAUGAUUCAAGAUUUACUCAUUUCUGAACAAUUACAUGGACACAUUAACGUUCACUAUGGAACACAACUUCCUCACUUCAAUGCUCAAUUUCCCUUCAGUUAUUUGAUUUCCAUUGUCAGUGAGGGCGUCAAGAAAAAUAUGAUGGAGAAUAAUACUGACAAGGACAAUAUGCUGGAGAAAUUGGAAAAGCAUUUCGAAUGCACAUAUCCAAAUUUGUUAGAGUACACAUUUAUUAAUAACGAUUCGAGCAAUGUAAUGAUUGAUGAGAACAAGCAAUAUUUACAUUUUUCAAUUGCUGAACGUUUCAUCCAUGAUUAUUUCACAAUGUAUGGUUUCAAAUACUCGACGCUGUCGUUAGAUAAGUGUAAACAAUUGAUAAUGGAGAUUGUGAAUAAGGAUUUAGGAAACAAAAGCGAGUUUACCAUUACAGAUCUACAGGUAAUAUACUGGUCAAACGAACCGAGAUUCAAGACAUACUUCCAUGUAUUGGAUCUUAUUCGAGAUGCUUCCAUAUUUGAAAACUUGUUCUACAAUAUUCCAACCUUUGAAUCCAUUGUUGAUUGUGAUAUUUUCUUGUAUCAGUUAGUGAUCGAUGCUAUCAACCCAACCAAUGCUAUUAACUGGAAGUCGUUAACAGAUAUCGAAGAGAGCCGAAGUUGGGUGAACAACGUUCACAUCAUAUCAGAGUGUUGUAGGCUUCUAAGACAAUUAAUUGAUAGUACUUUAUUGAGCGAAAAUGUUAGUGACAGCACUCGAUGGAACUUUGGAAAACAAAAUCAUAUAUGGAAGUGUAUUAGCUUCUUCAGCAAAUUUUUACAAGACCUGGCAUUUAAGAGAGGAAUUGACGAGGACAGUUUUGAUGUUUCCAUCUGUGAAAAUUAUUGGAAGAAGUUGUCAAGCUCGGAAACAACUCAUUUCGAACAGCCAAACAUGUUUAUUGAUUUUCUUCAAACGCUCACAGAUAUUAAUAAGAAAUAUAGCCGAUCAGAAAGCGCUGAAGAUUUUGAAUGUUUCAUUUGCUAUACAAUUCCAGAUCCAACCGAGUUGAGGAAAACAAAAUGCUGUUCCAGAUAUGUCUGUAUUGAGUGUGCUAACAACUAUUGCUCAAGCAAGACAAAAAAUGGAAUUCAGAAUCAAUCAUGUGGAUGGUGUCAGAGAGGUGUUAAUUUGUCUUCAGUAGAAACCUAUACCGAGUUAUGCGAUCAACAUCUUGAUCAAGUUCAAGAAAUGUCUUCUAAAGAAAAUAUAUUUAUUGAGAGAGCAAGCAAAUUGACUGAGAUUUUCAUAAUCCAUUACUGUCUACAAUCGGAAAACAUGGAUCAAUUAUCUGCUGCUCUCAUUUCAACCAUUAUACAGUAUUUGAGUGAAAACAAAAAGAUCUUAUCUGACAAUAAGCUUUUGAAAUUUAUUGUCAACGAUUCUAUGCGAUCGUCUGUGAUUCGAUCCUUGGUUGCUUUGAAAAAGCAAAAUACAGAGAUUGGUGCGGUUAUUGAGCAUGAGUUAGAAGAUCAGCUUUCAACAUUAUAUUCCGAUUUUAAACAUGCAGAUUUUCCUCUUGCAGUUGCCAUUUCACAGAUUUUAGAAGAUGAAAUUGAAUCAUCUGUUACGGACGAAAUUAACAACGAGCAUCUUUUGCAUGAAAAACUGGAGAAGAAGCUGUCUAUGGAGCCUCUCCCAGGUGGAAUACUGAAAUUUUUACAAAGUAUUUGUUCCUGUAAGGUAGCAGUGAGAUGGUUUGCACAGUGUAUCUCAUCUAAAAAAGAGCCUUCAUUGGAAUUCAUAGAAACGAUUGAUCAUUUAUUCCAAAAUAACUAUUCACUUCUAGUAUUUUUCUUUAGAGAGUUAGCAAAAUCUAAUGGAUUAUCAGCCACAAGAAGCAUGAUUAAUUAUAAUCCCAUGCUAAAACAAAUGGCAUUUAUAGAGACAUGGAAACAAAAAGAAGAAGCCAUUAUAUUCAUAUCAGAUAAUGGAGCUCUUUCCGACUCUAAUCCUUUCGCUACUUUGUAUGACCAAUUACCAAACGAGGGCUUAAAUUACAAUACCAUGAGAGAUGCUGUGGAACAAUUACGUUUAUCAGAUGCUAAAACUGAUACCCUGCUCAACACAUUAUAUGAGAGAUCAAGAAACUCACGAAAUUGUUUCUGUGCCUUACUGUUAAUGGUAUUGCUUGAACAUGUCACAUUGAGGCGUAAGAUUUCUCAACAGAAUAACUACAAUCAUUUGCUCGUCUGGAUGAGAAAUAACAAGGCUAAACUUGUUGUUUUUGAAAAUAUUUCCAUUGUGAACAUUGUGGAAAGAUUAAUAGAGAACAAUAUACGAAACUUUGAAAUCACUCCCGAAACAUCCAUGUCCAAGAUUCAUUUACUACGAUGUCUCAUUCACCAAAUUGUAAUGGUGAUAUGGAAUUUGAACACUCCUUCCAUGGGAUUUUUCUGGAACUGCUUGACAAAUAUUACUCAACUGCAUAACACUCUAUUUCCAACUAUGAAUGAUGAUAUUACAUCGACAUUAACACAAAUCACAGGAGGAAAGACGUAUACUUGCCCUAAUGGCCAUGCUUACAUCAUCACUGAAUGUGGUCGGGCAAUGGUUACUGAUAUUUGUAGGGAAUGUGGCCAACCCAUUGGUGGAAGUAGUCACACACUGCUAAGUACCAAUAGAGAGUACCAAAAUGUGGACAAUACUCCAUUAAAUUUUUGUGCAAGAAGUGCCAUAGAAGAAACAAGCCCAGCGGAUGUGCAUAGUACUAAUAGAGAUUUAUCCUCGACUGAAUUCCGACUGAUUCGAUUGUUAAUGAGUGGAUUACUCUAUGCAAGUGGUAUCUUCUUCAACAACAAUACUCGAGUACUCAUCAAUACGCAAUACUGUAAUCCUGCAGAUGCAAAUCAAUACUUCAUGGAACAUUUCACAAAUGAUUGGCAUAUUCUUUCGCAAUUAACAGGAAGAAAUGAAGAAGAUUUAUGUAUUACUCUUCAUCACACGUUUGCACAAAUUAGUUAUAGAGCUGCUACUCAGAGUACUACGUUAUGGUUUCAUGCUUUGACACACAAAGAUCAGCGAAGACCUUUUGAAAACAAUUUUUGUACGCAAUUGCUAGAGGGAAAAUUUAAACCAGACCGUAUCUUGACAUUUAUUCAAGAAACACUACAAAGACACAAUGAAGCACGAAGGGAUCGUAAAACCACCUUGGCCAAUAGUAAGCUCAUGAAGCAUAUUUAUCCUGAUCAGGAAGUGCUCUCCCUUCAAGAACGAACUCUCUUACUUCCCUCAAUAUUCAUGCCUGUUGAGAGUAUUACAUUGGAGCAUUUCAUGAACAGUCUAAAACAAACUGCUACCAUGGAUAAGCUACAAGCACUAGCAGCUAUUGUUGACAAUAUUGUACCUCUCCAAGCCAUGCAUCAUUUACCAAACAUUUUUGAUUUGUAUCGUUUAGUAUGUAAGAGGUUUGACAAGAGAAUUCGUAGAGAAAAUGCACUCAACUCUACUGUUCGUGAAAUUAUUUUGGAGAUGGAGGAUGAAAGCGAAAGAACCUUGUUUGAGGCAUGUUUUGAAAGUUUUGCACAAGCAUGGAACUCAGUCUUCAAACUCGUAGAGAGGUAUGAAUGUUUAGAAAUUCCACAUCACAUGAAGGAGAUCAAAAUGUCUAAAGACCAGCCACUCAUUUACAUUGUACCCUCCGAAAAAGAUGAACCCAUAUUUGGACUUGCCAUGGUUCAUUAUUUGGUUGGCAUACAAAACAAACUUACAGAGCUUAUAUCCAAAGAAUAUUUCAGUAUGGAAUCCAAAGAUCUUCGUGUUGUCACAAGCCGAGAGUUGACACCCACCCAUGUUGUGAACAUUUCAUUACAACGUCAUUUACUCCCUUUCAUUAAGGAUCACUGCAAUCGUUCUCUGAGUUUUGAAAAGCCACAACAAAUUAUUUAUGAUUUUGAGUUUAUUCAACAAUACUUGAUUGAUAAUUUCUUUUUACGAAAAUCUCUCAUUGAAAUUCAAAUCAAAAUGCUUGAUUUUACUGGAGAAAUAAGAGUGACAGGAGCAAAGGAAAAAUUUUCAGCCCUUAAAAAACGAAAUACAAAAAUUUCUAAUGACAAGUUAACACAAGACGACCAAGAAAUGAUCAUUAAUGAGUUGGGAGGUCCAGGUGGUCGAUCCGAACGAUGUGUAUCCUGUUUUAGAUAUGUGGAAAUGGCUAUUCAUUUUAUACAAUCAUCUCUCUCAGUGGAAUCAGGAGUGAGCGUUCAAUUUUUAGACAAGUAUCUUGUUGAUUAUCUCGAGAAGGACUUGAUGAUCCAAGACGCAAGAAAAUUAUUUGGUUCCCUAUCUCAAACUCUACAAAUUAAGCACUUGGAUCACUUAUUUGAAAUUCUUGAGCAACAUUUGACUUUGGAUAUCUUUGCAGGAAUACAUGAUAUUUACAAGGAGCCAUUGUCACCAGAAUUGAAGCACAAAUUAACUACCACGGUUAUGCCAUACAUUGAUUGUCAAGUGUUAAUGUCCUCUAUGAGAGACGCCAUGGUUAAAUAUUUAUCUGAAACAUUUACGCAAAAAGAGUCAGACUUGUGUGAUUGGUUGCAAGAUUUACCAUUACCUGAAUAUUUCCAAACUGGUCAAGGAGAACAUGCUCUCGAUGUUUCAACGAUUGGAGAAUUGGAUUGGUUUAAAGAAAUACCGAUGGGCAAAUUUAAGGUAGCCAAUGCGUUGGAUUUUUACAAGACUUUGGAGGAUAUUCUUGAAAAGAGUAAGCAAUAA